CACACGUCCCCGUGCUUACACCGAUUGAUGCAGCUUUGAGGAAGAACCCCACUGAUGACUGGGAUUAGACAGUGACUGUUAACUGUGCUUGUGUGAAGGGGAAGACGGCACUCAUGGAUUGCCCAGAAACAUCCCAUGGACUGCUCAAACACUUCAAGAAGGAGGAUUUUGAGACGGACUGGAUUAAAGUGGCCGAAGGUAAAUUUGGUCAAGUGUACCAAGUCAAGGUCAAGCUAUGGCGGGAGAAGUGUGCCCUUAAAGUUCUGGACACAAGUGCGUGUGCACACAUUUACAGGAGAAUAAUUGAAGAAGCAUCCAGCAUAGCGAAAGUGAAAUUCAAGUACAUGGUAUCCGUCUAUGGUCUGUGCACUGAAUCACCUGCCAUUGUAAUGGAGUACAUGAGUAAUGGAUCGCUCAACAAUCUCCUAAGUAGUCUCAAUCUGAUGUGGCCCAAGAAGUUCCAGAUGAUUCACGAGGCCUCCAUGGGCAUGAAUUUCCUCCACAGCUUGCAACCCCCGCUACUUCAUCUGAACCUGAAAACAGCCAAUAUCCUACUGGAUGAUCAUCUUCAUGUCAAGAUUUCGGACUUUGGUUUAAUCCACUGGGAAGACGGGACGGACAAGAAGCCGUUCAUAGAGCAUCUGAUAGCAAGAGGAAAUAUCAGCUACAUUCCUCCUGAGGCCUUCAGUCAGAACUGCAGUCCUCCAGGACCUUCCUACGAUGUUUACAGCUUUGGAAUUGUAAUCUGGGAGAUUCUGACACAACAGAAGCCUUACACGGGGUGCAGUAUGACCACCGUGCUCUUACAUGUGUCACAUGGCAGGAGACCCAGUGUGGAGAUAAUGCCUGAACACAGGCCAUGGGAGUGUGAUCAGAUGAUCAGCAUCAUGCAGCAUUGCUGGGAUCAGGAGCGCCAAAAGAGACCGCAGUUCUCUGAAACUGUGAAGAAAACAGAGGCCCUGAGUGAAAUCUUGAAGAUCCCCGAAUCGAUGCAGUGUCAGAACAACAGCGGAAACGGACACAGAUUGGAACACCAAUGUCCAGCUUUCCCUAUUUAUGAAAUUUCCUCACCUCAGUUGUCGGACGUUCUUCCAGACAAACAUUCCAGCAAGGACGGUGUGCUCUCCCUCCUCCUACAGAAGGACUUUGGUAGUUUUAGGUCGUCGGUAAGGCGAGAGCAUGUGUGCACGCAGUUUACAGGCAGCAAGAGUCUGCUGCACUACACGGUGGCCAGUGGGGACAAGAAGAGCGUCGAGCACGUCCUGAGUCUGGGUGCUGACGUCAACUGUUCCAUGACGAGAGGCUACACGCCGCUGAUUGUUGCCGUCCUCAACAGACUUAACGACAUCGUCUCCUUGUUGCUGGAUCAUGGCGCCGACCCCGCCCAGGGAGACGAGGACCAGUGGACCGCCGUUCAUUUUGCGGCGCAGAAUGGCGAUGACAGGGCCUUACGCAUCCUUUUGGACAAAGGAGCGGUGGCGGAUGCUCGGGAAAAGUCGGGAUGGAUGCCGCUCCACCUGGCGUGCCAGAAUGGCCAUGAGGCCGUCGUCCGCUUGCUGCUGACACGGCUGUGCGUCAAGGCGAUUGGGGAAAGGGAGGAGGUGCAGGAGAGGACGGCACUCCACUUGGCCGCCGCCUACGGACACAUGAAUAUCACCAAGCUGCUCCUCUCUCAGGGGGCCGAUCCCAACGCUACAGACGCCUCCCUGUCCACUCCUCUUCACUUGUCAGCCAACGCGGGGCAUAACAGGAUAGUGCGGCAGUUGUUGAAGGACGGAGCUGAGGUUGAUAGUGUCGACAGGCGAGGCUACUCUCCGCUUCACCUUGCGGCGAUUAAAGGUCACACCGGCAUAUGCAGGCAGCUGCUCUCCAUGAAGGCCACCCCGGACGUCAAAACGCACCAGGGCUGGACCCCCGUGCACCUGGCCGCCAUCAAGAGACACGAAACCACCGUGAUGGAGCUGAAAAGCCUGGGCGCCAGCGUGAACGCUCCAGGCGAGAACGGAUGGACGUCGCUCCACAUCGCCUGCCACCAGAGCGAGCCCCAACUGGUGGCUAAGCUCCUGGCAGCCAAGGCCGACCCCAACGUGGUGGAGGACAGCGAGCAUUGGACGCCGUUACACGUGGCCUGUGCCAGUCUCAGCUUCCCAAGCGUUCUCCACUUGAUUUCUCAUCAGGCUGAUGUGAACGCUGUCAGCACAGCAAAGGCGACGCCUUUGCACUUGGCGGCCCAGCAGGGCAACGUGCCCAUCGUGAAGGCGCUUCUGCUCAACGGUGCAGACACGACCUUGCAAGACUGCUCUGGAUCUGCCCCUGUUGAUGUUGCCAAGAGGCAUGGAAAAUGUGAAGUAGUGCAACUGCUAGAGAGACAAUCUGAAGCCUUUUGCUAAAUGAAACUGCAACAUUCAAAGACAACACAAUACGGAUGAUUUCACCCCUCGGAUCAAUGGGGGAAGAUCAUGACUAAAGAAAGUAAAUUCCUCAGGUAAAAAAACAAGAUUUACUUUCUAGUUUCCAGUUCUUUGAAUGCUGCUGCUUUUUAAUCUUCCAUUCAUUGCAGUACAAAAACGCAGCACACGAUGUUCCAAUCGCUCUAAAAAAACACACACAAUUGUUACUUGCGUGAUCUUUCUUUCUGUCACCACAAAGUAUGCACCACAAUUUCAAUGUUCCAGCUGCCUGAAUAAGAUAGACACUUUUUGGAAAUUGUUAGAUAAUUGAACUCAUUUUUCUUUCUUUUUUAAAAAAAUGGAUUUAUAUUUUUAUAUGUAUUUUGCAAAA